AUGAAUUAAGUUAUGAAUUUGGGUUGUGUUUCCAACAAGUUGAUGGACACAUAUGCCGUUUAGGUUUUUUGCAUGAAUACUUGGGAUCAUUGUUGUUUAAUCUAUCACAAAAAAAAAAUGAUUAUCAAAUACCAUUACUUAGAACAGAAGAUUGUCAGAUAAAUAUUAUGGUGUAAAAAAAAAUCAUAUAGAAUAUUUGAUAUUUCAAUGUCAAAAAAGCAGCGAUUAUACUUUCUACUGUGCUAAGAUUGGUUUAUAUACUUUCUGAAUUUCGAUUUUUAGAUUGUUAACAAAGUUCAAAUGGAAUGCAAAUAAUUUACAAAUCUACUAUUCCUAGAUCAUUUAAGUACCUUUGUUAUGGUUUAGUUCAAUUCUGUUAGUGCAUUUGAAAUCCAAAUGAAGGAUAAAUUCAGCAUACUUAAGUAUUAAGAACUCAGCGGAUCUCUGGAUUGGAAUCGAUAAUGCAAAUUAAUAGAUUACUUUUACAUUCUCUACAACUCCCAGAACAUCACAAUCUACGAUUUAAGGACUCUCAAACAUUUGGGAUCAGUUCAAUUGGGUUUGACCAUCUCUGACGUCUACUUCAUAAACGAUCUCUUGUAUUUGGGCGAUGUCUACGGAACUCUAUGGUGUUAUGACCUCAACGGCACUCUUCAAUAUUUCCAUGAACAUGCUCACGAUGGCUAGAUUGUGAACAUGGUAGUAUAUAAGGAAGAACUUUUCACAGUAGCAAACGACCUCUUCAUUAAAGUAUGGAAAUUGAAUAAUCUCAUCUUUUGUCAAUCCUAUCCCAUUUAUCAACAGCAGAUUCAGUAUUUCAAAUUCAUCAAUUACUCUAAAUACUUCCUACAAUCUGCUGAUCAAUUGUUUCUAUGCGACUUACACCACAUAUUGUAAGCCUAUUAUUUGCAUAAUUCAUCUGUCUCUGCAAUGUCCGAAUAAUGCAUAGCCUUUAAGAAUCACGUGUAUUACUCUAAUCAAAGUCAUAAGGUCAUAUUCGCCCCUAAUUCAGUUUACUAAGUACUCCAGAUCAUUGACAGUCCGAAUCAACCAAACACUUACUACUUGCAUCUAUAAAAUCAAACCUUAGCCAAAUGGGUCAACAAUUAAUAGGUUGAUGUGCUCAAUUUUGAUAAAAUCAGAACUAUAAAUGGAGACAAGAUCAAUCAAGACAUCACGUUCAUACAAAUCAUUGCUCUCUCUCCUCCUCUAUAUGAUGUUGAGUUAACCAUUGAUUCAAAGGAUCAGAACAAAAUAUCUAAGAUGCUUGAAAAUGCAGAUCAAUCACUGUACUUUGUUAUGGGUUGUUCCAAAGGAGCUGUUAUUUGUAUCCCUUUGGAACUCUAUACUAUAAUAUACACACGAGUAAAUUAUAACAAAAAUGCUAUUUCAAGCAUUAUUCACUUUAAUGAUCAAUUGAUCAUCAAAAGCAUUGAUAAUGUAAUCAACUUUGUUCAAAUCUCAUCCAAUAAAGCCUUGUUGAUUAAAUCAAUCAAAAUUCUUAAAUUAGGACCUAUCCAUUUGACUUAAUCAAAAUAGUUGGCUGUUGCACAAUCAAAUGACUUAUAUCUAUUUAAUUCAAAUCUGAUAGCAUAUGAAACUAAUGCAGGACAUGAAACUGAAAUCCUACAGAUCACCAGCAACAAAAACUUUGUAGUCAGCAAUUCUUUACAAUAGCUCAAAAUAUGGACCAACAAUGGAUUUUGCCUAUUCACCAUCAAUUUUCAUGUCUAAAUAGAUUAUAUCUAUUAUAUCAAAGAUGAUCUCAUUAUUAGCUUAAAUGGAGGUCUAUGUCAUUUGCUUAUUCCCGAACAUGAAGAAGUUGAUUUAGAUACCAACGAAUAUAAUAAAAUACAAAUGAUCGAUUUGGCAGUGUCCAAAAAGAAAUCCUCUCUGAAAGAAGAAUCCUAAUAACUACAAUAAUAAUCAAUUCAUCAAUAGAAAUUUGAAUUUAAAAAACCCCUAGAACUCCCAAAGAUUAAACUAAAAAUUUAGAGUCAAAACAUUUUUGAGGCUCCAUAAACUCCAAUGAAAAAUAAAAAACAUUACAAUUCUAUUCAGACCACAACCAAUAAAAGCACCAAUAUAAGUAUUUCGAACUCUCAGGCUAUCCCCAUUAGUUAAAGCUUUGAUUAUAGCAUUUAACAUGCAAUCGAUAGUAGUUGUGUACUGCCAGCCAUACCUAAACAAAAAGAAGAUACAUCGCUAUUGAAUCAGUAUCUAAAUAGAAGAGUCAAAAAGGGAUAGCCGAGAAAUAGAAGGGAGUGGACCUUGGACAAAAAGAUUUUAGGAAACAUCUUGUCAUUAAUUUGA